UCGGCAAUGUAACACACCGACAGCGACCGUUCGGUGCGCACUGGAGAUAAUGCUUAGGCUACCUUAUUAUUUGUGCCCUACAACAGAAAGCACUCCGGCGUGUGUUCGUCUCAACUAAUUGUUGCUUUUCAGACGAGAAUCUCUCCCUGCAGGCUUAAAUUACAUCUCUGCAGCAUCCUUGCAGAGUAGCCUCUGCUGCCGAUUCCACCUCCCCCCCCCCCCGGCUGCAUUUAGAGGUGCCGUCGACAGAACCGGAGACUGGGAUCACACAUCCUGGGCUCCUGCUCCCACAGGCUCCUGGACCAGCAGCGGACAGUCUCAUUCACCGAUAUGCACGGGGGUAAAUAACUAAAAAAAAGAAAAAACAGCAAAAAAACUUCGGGUCCUUUCUCGAGCCACGCACGUGCGUCUCGUGCAAGGAUUUAGGUUGAUGCGAAUGAUUAAAAGGCGCCGGGGAGCCAGAGGAUAGGGCUGGUGUGCAGAUGAGGAUUACGAAGUCGUGCUAGUCAGACGCGGCACCUUCACCUGGAAUACCUGAAAGCUCUCUCCCAUGACACGCAGCUGCAUCAACUUGUCAACACUGUUGCAUGCAUUCACGGCUGACAUGUCGGCCCCUGUGGCCUAGCCCGUAGAUUUAUGUUUUAUAGAAGAUCGGUCGCUGUUGAUUCGAAGCUCUGAAGCUCUGAGCGCCACAUAAACUCGCAGCAGCUGAAUUACACGCCACUGUCCCCGCAAGAGGAUGCUGCUGAAGAGCAAUGAUGCCCGGGACUCGGAGGAUUUUCUGAUCAGGAUGACAUUUGGUUAAAACGCUCGUGGACCCGAAACACACAAUCAGCUCUCUUUUUUUUUAAAUUUAUUUUGCGCCAAGAAGCUGCACCGAGAUCCGACCUCUGCCGAACUAGAUCCUCGGUUUAUUUGAAAGACUCGGUUCGGGGAGAUGGCCGCGAUUGCCAGCUCCCUGAUCCGGCAGAAACGCCAGGCGAGGGAGUCGAACAGCGACCGGGUCUCUACUUCGAAACGUCGCCCCAGCCCCAGCAAAGACCCCCGCUCUCUCUGCGAGAGGCAUUUCUUGGGGGUCUUCAGCAAAGUCCGUUUCUGCAGCGGGAAGAAAAGACCCGUUCGGCGGCGACCAGAGCCGCAGCUGAAAGGCAUCGUGACACGACUGUUCAGCCAGCAGGGCUUCUACCUGCAGAUGCAGCCGGAUGGAACCAUCGACGGCAGCAAGGACGAGAACAGCGACAACACCCUGUUUAAUCUUAUUCCUGUGGGUUUGAGAGUGGUGGCCAUCCAGGGAGUGAAGAGUGGCUUCUACAUUGCCAUGAAUGGCGAGGGCAUGCUCUACAGCUCGGAGAUGUUCACGCCAGAGUGCAAGUUCAAGGAGUCCGUUUUUGAAAACUACUAUGUGAUCUAUUCGUCCACUGUGUACCGGCAGCAGGAGUCGGGCCGGGCCUGGUUCCUUGGCCUCACCAAAGAGGGACAAGUCAUGAAGGGCAACCGGGUCAAGAAGACAAAGCCCUCUUCACACUUUGUGCCCAGGCCCAUUGAAGCCUGGUAUAACUGUCCCUCCAGCCUCACACCUGACCUUGUCUCUGUCUUCACAUCCAUCUCUUCAAUCUUCUCUCCACUGUCCCCCUUCUGAGCUCCGCCUCUCUUUGUCCUCUCCUCUCCUUCUGUCUCCUUUUCCCCUCUUUGCAUCUCCACUUCAGUUUGUAUGUACAGGGAGCCAUCACUGCAUGAGAUAGAGGACAAGCACCGCUCCAGGAAGAGCUCAGGGACUCCCACCAUGAACGGAGGGAAAGCUGUCAAUCAGGACUCCACAUAGCAGCGGGGGAGGGGCUUCCAUCAGGGGGAGUGGCCUCGUCCUGACUCAGGGGGUGGGGCCGUAGGAAAACUCACCGCCCCCAAAAUACGCAUCACGAUCCCCUCUGAUAAAAGAAAAGGAGGGCGCUGCGACUACGAGGAGCUAUAACUGUACAACAAAAACUAAACUGAACUCUUGCCUGUGAAAACCUUUUAGAUGAAUUAAUAUGAAACCAGAGAAUAUAUAUAUAAAAGAACAAAAAAAAACAUUUUCAAUCAGAACUUGACCAACAUUUUAUGCAAAAAAAAGAGAAAAAGCUGUGAUAAAUAAACAAAGGAAUGGUGGUCUCUCUUCACACAAAUACAAAUAUUUAUCAUUUUAUGCUGUGAAAAACAAGCUUUAAUACAUGUUCAAUUUUCAUACAUUAAUUUAAUUUCUAAACACUAUUACACUCUCAUACGCUUUAUUGUGUUAUUGUUGUCAGUAAUAACUAUAACAUUAUCAUCAUUACCAUUAUUAAUCUGUUGAUUAUCAUUCCAGUGACUAUCAUGGUUAUUCAGGCUUUUUUGUUUGUUUGUUUGUUUGUUUUUGAGACAAAAAAAAGAUAUUAUUCUUGUGUUUUUUUCUCUCAUAGUUUGAUCUUGAAUGCACUGUCACACUACCUGCUCUGGUGUGAGGGUAAGACUGAAUGUAUUUGGUAGUCCUAUGUGUUGGAGUGCUUAAAGGGUGGGAUGUAAUUUACUCAGGUGUGUACUGUAAGUGAAACUAAAGUGACUAUUAGGACAGAUAGGGCUGUUUCAAAUACUCUAACAUGAAUUCCCCUAUGUUGUUCUGCUCUGACAGAACAGGACUGAAACAAGCAAUACAAUAGAGUGCAGUCUAGUAUGUCUCUAAAUAAUACCAAUAACAAGCUGACGACACAUCUCUGUGGUUGGUGUGUUUGUCAGCGAAGAAGUCUGACAAAGAAAGUUGUCUUAGUAGGUAUAAGUCUGAAUCCUAAGGAAAACUGUUUUGAUUUAGCGUCAGUAUACUCUUAACAUUUGCAAGGAUUAUUGGUUUUCAAUAAAGAGCUUGCUGAAAAUGGCAAAGAAUAAUAUCCUCUCCAAAUGCUGAGAGGAAGAUAACGACCAGCAUUAGCACUUUGAGCCAUGGCCAUAAACAAAACAAAACAACAACAACAACAACAAAAAGAAAAAAAAAGGAAAAAAUGGCCACUUCACAUUUGCACCUCAAGAAACACAGACCCCUUUCUCCGUUUCUCUGCUGUUAGCUAGGCUAUGAUGACAACAACUCUCCAAAUAUAACAGUAUAACAGUAUUCAGGCUUUUGAAUUAUAGAUAUAAAUCAUGAAAUAAUCCUUGAUUUUUUUUUUUUUUUUUUAAAGUUCUUUCUGAGCAAGAGUAAAGAUGAAAAUUAUUUCAACAGGUCUGGCAGUUAAGAUGUGUGUUAACUGAUUUUGAAGAGGUUCUACUAUUUCUGUUACUUUUAUUAUGAAAGCAUUAGAGAUUUCUCAACACUGGCAGACAGGGUGCCUGAAAGUUUAAUAAGCCACUGACCUAAUGGGUUGAUACUUCCAGUGUAAGGUCACAAUCAUUAGCACUUUCCCAUCACAAUGGAAGCAGAACAUCUCAUUGAGGAACCUGCUCAUCUGGAUUUAGACAGGUUUGGGGAGGAUGUCUUGGUGAGAAAGUCUCACCAUGUGGUUUCUCUGACAUGGUAAUCCAUACAUUCUCCCCCCCAGGUUUGGUGACCCAUGAAAUGAGCCAUUUGCUGCAUUGUGGAGGAAAGCCUCUUUUUCAUAAAUCAACAUGCUGACAGGGCUGUUUAAACAAGGUGAACAGAGUGGUACAUAUAGCUCAUUCCUUAUCCCCAAUAAGUUUGUAUAACUCAGGAAGUCCUACACUUGUUCUGUGAAUGGGGCAAGACAUAAAGGCUGGCUGCUUGGUGCCCAGCACCCGUUGCACAAAGCCUGGCCACUAGUGCGGGGUUUACGGAGGUCGGGACGGGGGGUGAGGUCGACGGUGUUUUUAUCAUUUGGUGGUGGUGUACAGUUAUCUAGCCUAGUCUGGUUAGGAAAGUUGAAAAGGGAGUCACAGGAGCUGAGACAAAGCAUGAACAUCGCAUGACUGAAAGAGUUGAUGUAAGAUUGGCUUGAUUUUGAUGUGAGAGAUAAUGAAAGAUUGUUUCCAAUCUGGGGAGAAUAGGUUCAAAACUUUUUUAUGCAACAUUUUGAUCAGUAUUUCAGCGAGAGUUUAUACAUCUCUCCUCUACCUGGUUGGAAAUUAUAUAUCAAGUUGGUUACAUGUACAGUAAAUAGCACAUAUUCAGUUGCACAGAGCAAACUGCAGUGAUAUAUCAUCUAUAUAUCUUCUAGAAGGGUCUUCCAGCUGGGCCCAUAACUGGCACGAGUUACCUGCAAGAGUAGAUUAGUUCUACUUCCACAGCACCCGCAACAUAACACUGAUACAUAGAGUAUAUUAGACGUGACACUGAAAGUCAGCAGGCAAGACCAGCAUACAUAGGUAUCUUUUUAUAGAGAUUUAUAUUGGUGCAAAUGAUGUAUACAUGUGGACUUAAAGCAAUGCAUGAAAUUGGAUGUACUCGAUGUCAACUGUUGACAGCAGAAUGCGAGGAUUUGAAAAAGGGAUGAGUAAAGCCAGGAAUUAAAAAUAGCUGAUGUGAGAAAGCAGUUGAAGAGAGCACUUUUCCGGGGGGUUUGUUGAUGUAUGAAAGAGUGAGAAAAGGUAUUGGUUGAUUGUGAUAUUAAGUAUAAUUUAUUAUUUUUCUGUUUGCAGAUGAUUUCACUGCAUUGGAACACACUCAUAUAUGCAUUAUGAAUUGUGAGAUGAAACUAAAAAAAUACGCAUUGAUGAUAAAAAAAACAUCAGAAUGAAGUUAGUGAUUGUUUAAGAAUA